AUGCGGUCGAAGACCUGGGCUACUUCCAGGCGGAGCCUUCCUGCUUGGCGAGUUGCUCCCAUGAUGGAACUGCUCGGGUCUGGGACCUCCGUGCCGCAGAGGCGGCACGGAGCUUUUCGGUGGCCAGCCGAGAGGGGCCAGGGCAUGCUCCGAUUGGAUCGAUUUGCAAGAGGAAAGGGGAGGCUUCUCUUUCGGCAUCUCCGUUUCAAAGCAGAUGCGCUGGAUAUCAGUGAAAAGGUCUGGGAGGAUUGGCUUAAGGAUUGGCAUGCCUCCGUGCGGGUCUUCCACCUGGCAGCCGCGCUCCGGAACCGGGGGCACUUGGCCGCCACCUUGGACCCGCUGCGAGGGAAGCAAUCACGACAGCUCUCUCCGAAAGAACCUGUGCACUGGAGAAUUGGUGGCAAACAUGGGCAGAAGAUCCCCAGCAUCGAUGUGAAUCGGUUGCUCCGAAAUUACCCAGAGAGCAUUGAUCUGAGCGUUUUCGCACUGGAGAACUUUGGGGAGGAUGAUCCCUUACCCGAAGGAGUGGACGUCCCGUCGUUCUGGGGAGACCCGCCGGGUGGGACCGUCUGGACCUUCAGGAGAUUCAUUGACCACCUUUGUUCUUCUUACGCAUCGACACUCAGCUCGGAGCACCAACACAUCGACAACCCCAUUGAAAGGCUCUGGUUGGAAGAGCGUUUGGAAGCCCGGGUGGCAGCAAAGUCUGACCUGAGCACUGCACGGCGGGAGGCGUUGAACCGGCUGCUUCGGGCCAGCACCUUCGAGCGCUUCCUUGGGGAGAAGUUCCCGAAGGCGAAGCGUUUCGGGCUGAAGGGCUGCGAAGCGCUGCUGCCGGCGCUUUGGGCCCUGACCGAAGAGGCCAACCAUCUGGGCAUCGAACACAUGCAGCUGGGUAUGGCACAUCGUGGUCGGCUGAAUGUCCUGGUGAACUUCAUGGGUAAACGUGUGUGGGAAGUUUGCAGCGAGUUUGGCGAGCAGAACGACUUCUUGGGCGAUCUCAAGUAUCACCUGGGAACUCGUGGAACUUGUCGCCCUUGUUCUGGUUCCGUCAACGUGACCUUGGCUCCGAAUCCCUCGCACUUGGAGGCCGUGGAUCCUGUGGUGCUUGGAAUGACGCGAGCCAAGCAGGACUACAUGGGCGACCAUGAUAUGCGGCGCGUGAUGGGUGUUUUGAUCCAUGGGGAUGCCGCCUUCUGUGGACAGGGCAUUUUGUCGGAGUGCUUGCAGCUCACCGACCUACCAGCGUACACGACGGGUGGCACCGUGCACUUUGUGAUCAACAAUAUGGUGGGCUUCACCACUGAUCCCCGGGCCGCCCGCUCCUCCUAUCACUGCACCAACGUGGCGAAGGUCAACGAUGCACCCAUCCUGCACGUGAACGCCGACGACGUCGAUGCGGUGCUCUUCGCAGCCAAACUAGCGGCAGAGUACCGUCAGACCUUCCGGAAGGACGUGGUGGUGGACUUGGUUUGCUACCGCCGAGAGGGGCACAGCGAGGUGGAAGAUGCUUCACUGACCCAGCCAUUGUCACAGGAGCGCAUGAGACAACAUCCUCCGGCAUCCCAACAGUACAGCGAGCUACUCGUGGAGGCUGGUGUGGUGAGUGAGGAGGAGAUCGAAUUGGAGGUCUCUCAAAUUUACGAAGAGUUUGAGGCGGAGCAUCUCUACUCACAGCUUCAAGGCUCCAGCCUGCAAGAUUGGCGAGUGCGAACUCAGCAGGACACGCGGCCGGUGAACUUGACUGGCCUGCCUUUGUCGUGGCUCAAGAUGAUCGGGGAGGCCGCUUGCCGCAUCCCAGAGCAUGUGAAUGCGCACCCCACGGUGACGAAGCUGCUGCAGGGAAGGAGGGCACAACUCCAGCAAGGUCGCAUUGAUUGGCCUUUGGCAGAGACACUCGCCAUUGGCUCGCUGAUCCUGAGAUUUGACCCGGAAAGACACGAGGCCUUGAACACGGGGCUGCUGAUGGAUCGUUCGGAGCUGCAGUAUGUGGUGCAUCCACCGUGUCACGUGCGACUUUCCGGUCAAGAUGUUGAACGUGGCACCUUCAAUCAGCGGCAUAGUAUCAUCCACGACCAAGAUUCUGCCAUCCCCCACAGCCCGCUGAGUGACUUGGGCUUGGGCGAGCAGUCGCAAGCGGUAGUGUGCAAUUCCUCACUCUCGGAACUUGCCAUCCUGGGCUUCGAGUACGGCUACUCCCUCGAGGAGGGCGCUGGCUUGGCAUUGACAAUGUGGGAGGCUCAGUUCGGCGACUUUGCCAAUUGCGCCCAGCCCAUCAUUGACAACUUCAUUGCCAGCGGGGAGCAGAAGUGGGGUAGCCUGAGCAAUCUGGUGAUGCUGCUCCCGCAUGGUCUGGAAGGGCAGGGCCCGGAGCAUUCCUCUGCGCGCCCCGAGCGCUUCCUGCAGCUGGUGGAUGAGGAUGCCGAUAUGCUGUGGCCUGCGAAGGACAAGGCUCUUGAAGACGAAAAGAAGCGCGAAGCUCGAGCCGUGGUCUACGACGUCCUUGAAGCCAUUGAAUUGGAGGAUGAAGCCGCUGUAGAGCAAGGUGUCCAUCGAUUGGCACUACUGCAGGAGAGCUUCGAUUAUUGCAGGAACAUCAUGGUCGUGUACAUCACCACUCCGGCCAACCUUUUCCACGUCUUGCGGCGGCAAGUGCACCGAAGCUUCGCCAAACCUUUGGUUGUGAUGACGGCCAAGUACCUGUUGCACCACAGGCCCUGUCGCUCACCUUUGGAGCACAUGAUGUCCGGCACUCGCUUCCAGCGUUUGAUUCAGGAAGGGGGCGACGGCGACAACAUGUGCUCGAGCGCAUCCAAAGCUGAUCAGAGGAAUUGCAAGCGGGUGAUCUUUUGUAGCGGCAAGGUCUUCUAUGAGCUACAUCAUGGAAGGGCGACGAGAGGUUUAGAAGGUGCUGUAGUGCUACACCGUUUGGAGCAGCUGGCACCCUUUCCUGCGAUGAGCGUGGCCGUGGUUUGCAGCCAAUAUCCUCAGGCAGAGCUUUGCUGGGUUCAGGAGGAACCGAAGAACAUGGGCCCUUGGUCCUAUGUGGCGCCUCGCCUCGCGACAGCGCUACGAGAACUCACGCCCGAUCGCCAGGAGCGUCCCUGGCGCUGUAUCGCGCGACCGGCGGCGGCCAGUCCCGCCACGCCACUCUUCAAGGUGCAUCGCCAGGAGGUGCGACAGCUUUUGGACAUGGCCUUCUCCUUGGAGAACGAGAUCUGA